GGGUGACAAUGAUUUCAGUGAGCUACAUCCUUUUGUGCGGACAGUUCUUCUUAUUAGCAUCGGUGAUUCUUUUGCAGUGUUUGGAGGGAAUCCACUCCCAAAACUCGACCACCUCCGAUCCGGCUACCGCUUCCACCACCGGCGCUCCUGCCUCGACGGGCAUUCCUUUCACCGGGCAGACCCCCGAAAUCGUUAAAUCCGAAUUCCCGGUGGAAAGUAGGAAUAACACAGACGCCUUUGAGUAUAGAGCUCAGUCGCCGGUCGUACUCUGCAAGUAUUUACCAGAGGAGUUCAUCUUCUGUCAAGACCCUGUAGACCAUGCUGGAAAUCACAGUGCCUUUCUGGAUAUGGGCUACGGAUGUGUUGGGUGGGGAGGCCAGACUCAGAAAGAAGUGAACCACACACAAGUUCUCUGCACUGCACUUGAUGAUAUCGAGUGUGCUGGGCCGAGAGAAUUCCUGAGAGGGAACGUACCUUGCAUCAAAUACACCGGACACUAUUUCAUCACCACUCUGCUGUACUCGUUCUUCCUCGGUUGUUUCGGCGUGGAUCGUUUCUGCCUGGGCCACACGGGGACGGCCGUGGGGAAGUUGCUGACGCUCGGAGGCCUGGGAAUCUGGUGGUUUGUGGAUUUGAUCCUGCUCAUUACAGGCGGCUUGAUGCCCAGCGAUUACAGCAACUGGUGCACUUACUACUGACCGGGAACGCCACCCCUGGUUGGAAGACUUCUCAGAAGCGGAGAACUCCACAGAGACGCUAAAGCUGCCACACGAUACUUGGAUGUUUUUCUGGGGCUGCUGACAAGUACUGAGUUUAUGCUAAUAUCCAUGUCAAGUAAACAUUGUUUGGACUCUUUAUAUGAUAACUAAGUCAACGUACUUGACUUUGGUUGUCAGUGUUUAUGUUACAAAUACAGUUGUCCAAAAAGGAAAGACAUACACUACAUACCAGCUUAAGUAGUAGUAGUAGUACAUGUUCAAAAUAUAUGAAUAAAUCAUGCAGUUUCAUGAUUGCAUACAGCCUGUUAUUAGGAAAUAAUUUAUAUUUAAAGGGGACCUAAUGUGCUUUUUCAACUUUUCUGACCUGUAAAUGUUGUAUUAUCAUUUUAAAUGAAGUUUCAGAUAAUGGGGUCAGUGACUUCUUUAUAUGGGCAUGCCCGGGUACAAGCUGAGUGUGAUCAAUCUCAGUGGAGUGGGCGUGCCCGGAGGUGGGCCAUUGUGGGGAAUAAAUUAAAACGGACCGUUUUGGAAAUAUAGGAAUAGGUGCAGAUUCUGGAGGGUCUAGAAAGCUUUUUGUGCGGUUUAUUGUUGUAGUUGCUCUAUAGGAGUCCACUACCUUUUAAGUACUUUUGAUGUAUUUUAUGUGCCUAAAUUAAGCAUGUUCAAGUAUACAAAUGGCUAAAAAACAAUACAAUACAAAUCAAGCUAGCUAAAACUCAACUCUGAACCCCAAACAUCAGUUGCAUCAACACACACGAGCACAAGUCUUAUUUUCUCUUACUAUGUCUUCUGUAUUGGGUAAUAGGAGUGUAAAGGAGACUAUAGGGGUGUUAUUUCAUGUUGAGAGGACUCUAUGCUCACUAGAAAAAUAUUCCUUUUCUAAAUAAGGAAUCUUAUUUUGCGUAAAUUCACUUAUGGUCGGGUGUGGAACCAAUUAACUGAUAAACGAGGGAUUACUGUAAACAAGUUUCACUAGUUUCAGUAUUUAGACAAAUGUAAACAUUGUAAGGGUUUUAACAGUUUUACAUGUAAAGUAUACUAUACAUUUGACCUGUAUCAUCAUGUAUGUCUAAAUUAUUACCAACUACCCGCUUAGGGUGAAUGAGAUGUGCUUUCUGUGUCAGUGAAAACAAAAAACAAACAAAAAAAAGACAAAAAUUGUGCAAUUUUGCAGGGAUCACAUCAGCAGCUGGAUUGCUGAAACCUUUCCGACCGGAUCCCAAAUAUGUCAAAACAAGCUUUGGAAAGGCUAAAAAUACUGUCAGUGCUUAAGGACUUGGUCUGUGUCAGUAAACCAACCAAAUUAAUUGAACCCUACCAAUUCUGGCUACAAAAAGGUCUGUAGGUCGAGUUCAGGUGAAACUUGGAAAGGGUCAUGAAGCAAAUAAGUGGGAAUGUAUGUGUAUGACUGUACCUGUAUGUAUAUUGCAAAGUGUAAAAAUGCAACUGAAUCAAAUGCAAUGUGAUAUAGUACAUAAACUAUUUUUCAACAGGACGGUGCUGCCGUUCAUAAUGGUCGCCUGACUAAAAGGUCAAAGGUUAUUCAGAGGAAUAACCUCACUCUUUUGGACCAUCCUGCUGGUUCCCCUGAUCUGAAUCCAACUGAGAACAUUUAAGGAUGGAUGGCAAGGGAAGUUUACAGAAAUGGAUUUGCUUGUUUACGUAUUUAUUGUGUUGCUAAUAAAUAUGCUGUUGUUGAAUAAACGGUAUAUAAAAGCAAAACAUAGCAAACUGUUUUCAGUGUAUUUUUCUCUGUGCUAUCACACAU